AUGAGCACUGAGGCGAUUCCUUUUGAAGGUGUUGAAAAACGCUUGGUCAUCCAGUUUGCGAGGGUUCACGAAGACGAAGCACUUCCGUUUGGAGAGUGGAGCGAUGAGGGGUUGGUCAAAAGCCCGUUGAGCAUGUCGGCUGCUGAAUGGCAGAGCGUGCUGAAUGAGGCCUGUUGUGAGGUUGUGAGUGAGGUCUCACAGACGAACAGGUCUACGGGUGAGGUGACGCGUGUUUACCUAUUGAGUGAAAGUACCCUGACCGUGUGGAAACAGGGAUUUUUGCUUAAGACAUGCGGGCGCACCACUCCCUUCCUGGCCCUGAAGGCCUUCCUCACGCGGUACAGCUGUUCGACUUUGGAUCACUUGAAUGUGAGCUGGAUGACCUACUCAAGACUGAACUUUCUUCACCCCGAGUUCCAGAUAUACCCCCAUCGCACGUUCGACGAAGAACAAACUUUUGCCACCGAGCACUUCAUGCCGCUCGCAGCCACGCUGCACGCCUGCUCGCUUCCCGCCGGCAGGUUUGUGCUCCACGUGCUUUUCUACUCACGUGACCGUCCGGGUCAACAAGACCUCGCACGAAGCGAGACGUACGCCACGCUCAGCGAUAGCGCCCGUGCCUUGACCAGCCCCGUCUCCAAGUUGUCUUCGGACCCGACCGGCUGCGACCCGUCUGGCUCAGACCCAUCUGGCUCCGACCCCGUCGGCUCCGACCCGCCCUCGGACGACCUGGGUUACCUCAUGAACGAAGUUUUGAUGACCCGUAUCCGACCAGAUUGCGUCCGAUGUCUUACCGGAUAUGACAAUAAACAAGAACGCGAUACAUCACACGAACAGGCAUCGGUGCUCCGUGAUGUCCUUGCUGCCAAGUCCGAACACAAUGUGGUGGACGAAUUCUGGUUCGAUCCUUGUGGCUAUAGCGCCAAUGUGCUGUUCGAAUCCGAGGACGGCCGCCACACAGAGUAUUUCUCGACACAUAUCUCACCUGAGGAUUGCACCUCCUAUGCGUCCCUAGAAAUUGGCAGUUGUCGUCCUGUUGCCUCGCUCCUGAAGCAAUCACAGUUUGCCCUUGAGCCACUGGUCGAUUGCUUCGACGCUCAAAAUCUCAAUGUCACUCGCGUGCUCAUUGUACCCUCCAACCAUCAAGCCUCUACUCACGACUACCCCCUACAGACCGAGCAAGACGUCACUACACAGGUAUUUGCCAACACAGAUUUCACGUGCCUGAUUACUCACACCGCCUCGACCGGUUCCUCCUUCAUCGAGCCCACCACAAUCACUCGGUCGACUCUGAAAACCUCGGAAAUGGAGACCAGCGAUUGCGUCCACGACAUCAGUGAUGACUGGGUACGCGGAGAGCAGAUUUCCGUUUAG